AAAAAAAAAAAAAGAGGUGGAGUUUAUAUCUCUGUCCCUUGAAUCUGGGCUUGGCCGAGUGAUCUCACAAAUGUGACCUGAGCAGAUGCUUGAAAAGAGCCUGGCACAUUGCAGCUUGUCCCCGUCUUGGUUCUCCCACAGCCCUGAAACACCCAUGUUACGAAAGAGACUGAGCUCGUCUGCUGGAGAAUGAAGCACCCAGUCAACAGCCUACCAAAUGCCAGACUUGCAGGUGAGGCCAUCCUAUAUUACCCGAUGCCAGCUGACUCUCCAGCUGAUAGAGACACAGGAGAAGAACUAGCAGAAUUCAACCCUGACUACAAGAACCACCAGCUGACCUACAGAACUGAGUCUCUCUUCAGCACCGCAUCCUCCUGGGUGCCCACAGAGCCUUCUGCCAUUUUGCCACCAGGUGACUGAAUCAUCGUGCUCAGGCAUGUCCUGUAGUAGCAGGCCCUGCACACAGUACAGGACAGAGCUACUCCUGAGGCAACCAGCACACAGACAGAAGAGAAAGAACGAGCCCCUGUAUCCCUGAUCCGAUGAUGACUCCUUACAGAUUCCCACGACUUUCAUUGUUGUGGCUGUGACUCUGGACGUAGGCACAGCUCACCCCAAAUUUGUCCUGUCAAAGGAUCAGGAAAAGGAAGCUAGUGAAUGCCCAAAAGAAAACAGACUGCCACUACAGGCAACACAAGCAAGACAAAAGCAUCAACCUCAUGAUGGGGAGUGUCUUGUGACAGCUGCCCCAUCUUGCACCUGUUUCUUGUUCCAUGAAGGAGGGACUGGUUCACACAGAGAGCUGCAGGUCUUAAAGGGGAGAGGGAUGCAGAUGAGGCUUCAGAGAUUUGUUCUCCAAAGGAUAUAUUAAUGAUGUGAACUGGAAGAAAAUGAAAAUGAAAGAGAAGACCUAGGCUUCUGAGAAAGAGAGCUUAGCAGAGGUUUGAUAAGAGCACACUGCAAAAGUGAUCUUGAGGACAAAUUUUUCAGAUGAGCAAAGGGGAGAAAGGAAGCAACGCCCAGAGGAAGGAAGACGCUGUUGUUUCAGCUCUCCAUGCUACUUCUCCACUCUUCAAAAGUGGACUGUGGUAGGCUGAGGAAUGCCACCUGAAGAUUUUCACAUCCUAAUCCCCGCAACCUGUGAACAUGUUACCUUGUAUGGCAAAGGGGACUUUGUGUGUAUGAUUAAGGAUUUUGAGACAUGAAGAUUAUCCUGGAUUUUCCAAGUGAGCCCAAUAUAAUUACCAGGGUCCUUAUAAAGAGGGAGGUAGGAGGGUCAGAGUUAGAAAGAUUUGAAGAUGUUAUGCUGCUGCCUUUAAAGAUGGAGGACGUGGCCAUGAGCCAAGGAAGGCAGGUGACAUCUAGAAGCCAGAAAAAAUGAAAUAGAUUCUCCCCUAAAGCCUCCAGGGAGAGUGUGGCCCUGAUGGCAUCUUGAUUUUUGGCCCAGGGAAACCCAUUUGGGACUUCUGACCUUCAGAACUGGAAGAAUAAAUAUAUGGUACUUUAGGUCACUAAGUUUGUGGUAAUUGAUUACAGCCACAAUAGAACACUAAUACAGAGGAAACAAGUAGUUAAGCUAAGGUGCUGGUUCCAAUAGGCUCCUUGGGCAAGACUAACUGGGACAGGGAAACCCAACUAAGGCAGUUUAAAGCUAAUAAAGGCAGAAAGGGCAGGACUUCACCUCAUUUUAUAAGGGCUGAGAGUCAAACUGGGAAGACCCAGUAGCAACCACAGUCCAAAAUUUAAGAAUCUCAAAUAAAACACAAGUCCAAAUACCAAGAGUCAAGUAGAGACUGGAUGAGAAAGAGCACAGAUAAGAAGCAGGAAGGAAGGAUGCAGGGUAGCUUCAUGGGAAGAUGUCAGAGUAGCCAAAGUUCACAUUUAUUAAGCUGUGGGCACCAAAUGCUUAAGGAAAGUCUAGCUGAUUUAACAGAACCCUUUUAUGGGGGCAUCUCAUUUAUUGAGGACCUAUUACUGGUUAGCAUAUGUAUUUCAUUUUAUUUGCCCAAUAACCCCAUGAGUUGAGCAUUAAACCCUUGUUCUACUAAGGUAGAAACCAGUUCAAGGAGGUUAAAUGACUUGUCCAAGGCCACAGAAAACACUAGGAAGUGAAGGUGGGGUUGACCUCAUUCCUCCAGUUCCAGGAGCCCUGAUCUUUCUUCCACAUCAUGCUGCCUCCCCUUCAGGAAAAAGUCGUGUUGACUUUUUCAGCUGUCUGCAGACUUCAAAGCAGAAAAAACAUGGUGUCAUCUUUUGAGAUAUUCUAUCAGCGAGAACUUGAAAAUGAAGUUAAAAAUUAAGCGGCAAAGCCAAACCCAGGCUCUCUGCUCCGAGAACGUAGGGCUAAACCUAAUGCAGUCUGCCUGCCGUGUGAUGCAAUAUUUAUCCUUGUGAAAUUGUGGAAUUAUUUGAAAGAGAAGAAGGGACAAAAAUGCCUUCUUUCUUCAAGGUAGCCUAUAGUCUAGGGCUUACAAUACUGAUUUAAUGGUGAAGAUAAAAGCCCGUCGUGGUAAAAGAGAUUCAAGGCAGAGGGAAUCUCCCCCACAAAGUGUGGUACCAUUUCCCAGAGGAGCCAAAUGGAUGAGAAGCCUUCCACCAGGAAAGUUCCUGAAUUCUGUUCAUUACGCUAUGGACUGGCUCUCAUCAUGCACUUCUCAAACUUUACCGUGAUAACCCAGCGUGUGAGUCUGAGCAUUGCAAUCAUUGCCAUGGUGAAUAGCACUCAGCAGCCUGGUUUAUUCAAUGCCUCCACAGAAAGACCUCUUGCAUUCACCCUCAAUCGCUCCAACAGAUCCACCAAGGAGUUUAAUUCAGGAGCCUCUGUAUAUGAAUGGAGCCCAGAGACUCAGGGUAUCAUCUUUAGCUCCAUCAGCUAUGGGAUAAUACUGACUCUGAUCCCAAGUGGCUAUUUAGCAGGGAUAUUUGGAGCAAAGCAGAUGCUUGGUGCUGGUUUGCUGAUCUCCUCCCUUCUCACCCUCUUUACACCACUGGCUGCUGACUUUGGAGUGAUUCUGGUUAUUGUGAUUCGGACAGUCCAGGGCAUGGCCCAGGGAAUGGCAUGGACAGGUCAGUUUACAAUUUGGGCAAAAUGGGCUCCCCCACUUGAACGAAGCAAGCUCACCAGCAUUGCGGGAUCAGGGGCAGCGUUUGGGUCCUUCAUCAUCCUCUGUGUGGGGGGACUAAUCUCACAGACGUUGGGCUGGCCUUUUAUCUUCUACAUCUUUGGUAGCAUUGGCUGUGUCUGCUGUCUCCUGUGGUUCAUGGUGAUUUAUGAUGACCCCAUGCAUCACCCAUGCAUAAGCGUCAGGGAAAAGGACCACAUAGUGUCUUCACUGCCUCAACAGUCCAGUUCUCCUAGACGAUCUGUCCCCAUAAAGGCUAUGGUCAGAUGCCUACCACUUUGGGCCAUUUUCACGGGUUUUUUCAGCCAUUUCUGGUUAUGCACCAUAAUCAUAACUUACCUACCAACGUACAUCAGUUCUGUGCUCCACGUCAACAUCAGAGAUAGUGGUGUUCUGUCCUCCCUGCCUUUUAUUGCUGCCUCAAGUUGUACGAUUCUAGGAGGUCAGUUGGCAGAUUUCCUCCUGUCCAGGAAGCUUCUCAGAUUAAUCACCGUCCGAAAACUCUUUUCAUCCCUAGGGCUCCUCCUUCCAUCGCUGUGUGCUGUCGCCCUGCCUUUUGUGGCUUCCAGUUACACAACAACUAUUAUUUUGCUGAUACUUAUUCCUGGGACCAGCAACCUGUGUGAUUCAGGAUUCAUCAUCAACACCUUAGACGUUGCUCCCCGGAUUCUGUGUCUGGAUGGAGGAAUGUCUUUUUCCUUGCUGCUGCUGUCAACAUGUUUGGCCUGGUUUUUUACCUCACAUUUGGACAAGCAGAAAUCCAGCACUGGGCCAAAGAGAGGACUCUUACCCGUCUCUGAGGAUAUAGUUGCAGACUUAAAUGUAGUACUGACCAUUAACUUUUUCAACAUUUUUUACUUAUCAUCAUUCUUUUUUCAUAUUCUUGGCCAUAGGCUCAGCAGUUCUCAAUUUCGGUUACAUGUUAGAUUUCCCUGGGGAGUUUCUAAAACAUACAGAUGAAUGGGCUCUACUCAAGAGAUUCUGAAUGAAUUGGUCUGGGAUAAAGCCCAGAUAUCACUAAUUUUUAGACACUCCCCAGGAUUUCUAACAUGCAGCCAGGGUUGACAAACUGCUAGACAAACUUGAAACAUCAAUUCCUGUUGCCUUUGAAUUUUCCUUUUUGUAAGAAACUAGGUAAAAAGCUGUGUGAAAAUAAUCACUGAUAAGUACCUUCAUGAGGGCGAUUAUAGACACAGAGAAGAUCUACUAGAACCAGAGUUGUAUGUUCUAGAGCUCAGCACAGAAUUUUAAGGCUGUAAUCCACAGCAUUAACAUUUUUAUACACUGAGAAACAUGGAUGUUUAUUUAUGUGGUUACAUUCUAUUAAAAUUCACAUGCUAAAAUUAAAUGGGCCAUUUAAAAAUUAUUUACAUUAGGAUUAUUUCCAUCAGGCAAAAUAGAUAUUUAUUUAUCCUAGCUAAGUUCCAGGAGAUUAACAACCAGGAAAUGACAAGGAGAAGAUUAAAUUAGGCUAAUUGAAAAUCAUGGGAGAGAGAAGAUAGAAUUGCAAAGCUUACAAUGUAAAAAGAAUGGAUGUGAAGGGAAGCAAUAUGGGCAGUUCUAGAAGAGACAUUGAGAUAGUUUGGUCCAUAGAAUGAAAAUUAGAGGAAGAUGACAGAGGCAUUUUCAAAUGAAAUGAAGACUUAAAUGGAGGAGAAGAAUACUGAAGGUAUAACAAGAUGGAAGAAAUCAUGGGACAAUAUCACACAUCAGAGAAAUUCCUUUUUAGGAUUGAAAAAGAUCAUUUGACCUUCUUCAGAUUUUCCUUAUUUGCCCAAGAUUCUCAGAUAGUCAUCAUCAACCCCAACAGGAAUUAAUUCUGUCUCCUAACCUUUAAAACACAUCCUCUAGGUUGUCUCUACACAGAGAGCUGAUGUCAGUUUUGCUGCAACUAUUCCAGGGGAGAAAUACUUAGCAUGUUUAGAAGCCAAGUAGAACCACAGAGACUAAAGCCUUGAGCUAGUUUAGCAGAUAAAGAGAAUCUCCUAAUGCAAAUCAACAGGUAUUUUUGAGCAGGUGCUUUAAAGAAAACAGAUUGACAGGCUAUGAGGGUGAUACUGAGGUAAGAACACUCUGGCUCUGUCUUCCGGGUAUUUACAAUUUAGAGAGGAAGGAGAGUUUGUAGUAAACAAAAUGAAGAAAAAA